AUGCGAGGGCGGCUACUCUCCGCUGCACCUACACUGGACGCUCGCCAGACAGCCACAGUCCUGUGGGCCAUUGGCCGCUGCAUUCGGCCACACAGACGCCGCUUUCGGGGCCUCCUCAGCACAUUCCCUUCACCGUCACAGCCUGCUGCAGCAGCUCGAGCAGCAGCAGGAGCCGCAGCAGCAGGGAUAGCAGCAGCAGGGGCAGCUGCAGCGGAGGCCGAUGAGGUCUGGGUGCCGCCUGCUGCUCUGCUUGAGGCCCUCCACGAUCGCGCUAAGGUUUGGGGUUGGGUUGAGCUCAGGGUCCGUAUUGCGCGGCGUCUCUACGGCUUCCAGGCAGAGGACUUUGCAACCCUUGCCUCAGCCAUCGCCUUAGUACGGGGGGCCCCCCUGCUGCAGCAGCGUCUGCUGUAUGCUGCAGCAGACGCAGCGGAAACCUUCAGCGCCACGCAGCUCUCCCAAGUGCUCUAUGCUUUCGGACUGCUCCGCGGCAGCAGCCAUCUGUUUGCGAAUCUGCAGUUCUCCUUGUUGGAGCGACUUGAGCAAUUCUCUGUUCCGGAAUUAUGCGACGCCAUCUGGGCAUACGCCGUGGCUCGCUUCCACGACGUAAACUUCUGGGGACCCUGCCUCAAUGUUGUUCCUAUCGAACGCCUCCCUGGGGAUGACCGCUGCGCAUUGCUGUUCCCAGCAAUUGAUGAGAUUACCGGAGAGGCCUUCUGGGCACUUCAGUUGGAGGAGCACCCAGCGAACUUCGCCGAACAUGUCGCUGAAAUCCCUGGGAGUAGUUGGAUUAUUGAAGUGGUGUUAGAGUUGCUUGGAGUGAAUGCAGAAGAAAAAACGGAGUGUAUGUGCAUGUUGUGUGUAUCGGCUCUAUCUGCUGCAGCUGUGCGAGCUCUAGGCCUUACUCCGCACCUGAGGGUGGAUGCAGCAGGGCAUCUAAUAGACGUCUUGGUGCAGCUAGGAGAGCCACAAAAAGAUGCAUGCGAGAUACCUACAACUCCUAAGUCCCAAGGGCGCGGGGCUUCGCAUGCAGUGCAGCUCGCGCUCUUGUGCCACGCUGAUGCACAGCUUCAGGGAGCCCCCACCAAACCGGGGAGUGUUCCAUCUCCAUUAGGGCAUUCUGUGCUGAAACACCGCCACCUGAAACGCCAAGGGUUCCAUAUUGUGCAUUUAACUUGGAGCGUUUGGCAGAAACUCACAACUGACCAGCAGCUCGCGCUGCUGCGGCGAGAGGUAGGCAAAGCGCAAGCGAGCAAAGAGCCUUCAAAAAAGACUUCAGAAGCUUCAGGAAAGGAAUAG